AUGAUUCCUUAAUUUCCAUAAUUUUUGCUGUUAAACACAAACUUAUUUUCUAAAAAUUACCUCAUUAUUUUCAAAUAUUUUUAGGUACUAGUUAUUUUCAAAAUAUGUGUGCUGAUUAUAAUUUAUUUGCCUCUGAUAGUUGUUUUUCAAAUAUCUAUGAUUGUGUUGAAGGUUGUAGUAGUUGUAUUAAAGGUGAAUGUUGGGUUUGCUAAGAUGGUUGAGAAUAUAAAAAUAGUUUAAGAAUAUUUAUUCCAAUUUAUGGAGAUUCAAGAAUAACCAGUUAUGAAUAAUGUGACGAUGGAAAUUAAAUGCCUAAUGAUGGAUGUCAUUUAUGUAUAUAUUCUUGUAUAAAAAAUUUCUUUUUAUGUUAAUUUGGAAUUUGUCAUUUAUGCAAUAUUACAUCUAGAUUAUCAGUUGAUUAAUAAAUUUUUAUAAGAAUUGAUGAUGACUAAGAUGUUAAAAACCUUAUUUAAACUUAAGUUUUUUGAAAUGAUUUACGAUUAUGCUCAAAAGAGUGCUAAAUUUGGUAAAAAUGUUCAGAUUUAUAAUAGAAUAUUUGCUAUCAUAUUUAUCAGCAAAUGAUAGAAUAAUCAUCAGAAACAGUGGAAGAAAGUAAAGAAGAAGAGGAAGAAGAAAGAAAAAGAGUAUGAGAAUCUUACUAUUGAGUGCAUGUCUUAUUGUUUACAUUGUGAAGAUUAGCAUUCUUGUUUACAAUGUGAAUGAAUUUUUAAAUUAAAAAAUAAAUAAUACUUGCCAAUUUGUGGUGAUGAUGUUAUUAUUUAAGGAUAUGAGGAUUGUGAAGAUGGAAAUAAUGAUCCAUACGAUGGAUGUUAUUAAUGUUAAUUUCAAUGUUCAUUUGGAUGCAUAAGUUGUGAAUAAGGCAAUAUUUGUAGAAAAUGUGAUAAUUUAACUAUUUUAAAUAAUGAUACUGGAUAAUGUGAAAAAGAAGAUAUUUACAAUUCUAAUUAAUUUACUGAGGAGAAUAAUACAAACUCAAAUAGUAUAUUAGGAAUAUAAAAUUCAAUUUUAGAUGAUAAUUAAUGUGGAAAUGGUAUACUUAAUAACAAUUAUGAAUUAUGUGAUGAUGGGAAUAAUGUUGGAGAUGAUGGAUGCUCAAGUAUGUGUCUAAUUGAAGAUAACUGGAACUGUAAAAAUUAAUUCUAUCAAAGUAUAUGCUUUCCCAAAACAUAACUUUUAUUAACAUAUUUAAAUCAUUCAAAUUCUUAUUAAUAUGUUGAAUUAUCUUUUAGUAAUUAAGUAAAAACUAUGUAAUCUAAUGUUAAUUUUAUUGAUUGCAUUGAUAUCAAAUUAUCGACCAAAAAUUACAGUUUUUUGA